AGAAUAAGGCUGUAAAAAUUCAAGGUGUCUGAAUACUUUCCCGAAUGCACUGUAUUCAGAGUCAGUUUCUUUAGGGCACACCUUAACAAAACGAGUCUAGGCAGUCCAUUCCUGUUUCACGCCGCUGUCUUUCGUUAGGCGCUAAUGAACACGACCAAGGUAUUCUGCCCUGUUGACCAACGCUGGAAAGAAUAACCCUAAGAACAGGUGCCUUUAAAUUGACUUUUUCACUGAUGAACUUGUUUCUUCCAACGUUUAUCAUUUCCACUAUAUCAAUACGAUUGUUUACAUCUCAUUUUAGAGGUUAAAAUGUACAUUUCUUCACAUACACUUACUUACAUAAAAUGUCUAUUUCCAUAUCGAAUUUCACAUGAUUAUUAUUUCCAUGACUUCCACAGGCAGUUAGUUUCUUGCAGGCGGUGGUGGGAGAUAAUUUGAUUAGGUUGCUCAUAAUAUGUACCUGGGGUCUCUAUCCUACUGUCAUCCAGGUAGAAGUCUGGGUUCACCUAUCUGUUCCUGACAGACCCUGAGGACAUGUCCUCUUCCUCUCUCCCUCCCUCUCUCUCUCUCUCUCUCUCAGCUCUCUCUCUCUCAGAGCUCUCCCAAGGAAGUGAUGUUUGAUUCCAAAUUAAGGCAGAUAAAAACGUAGGCUCACUAUCAAUGCACGUUAAGUGCCUGCUACAUUUUCAAUGUUGUUUUUCUCGGCUUUGUAAAUAUCUAAGGCUGCUACUGCUAUUGAAGAAAGAGUUUCAAAGACUGAGAAACUAUCCCUUCAUUAAAAUGGUGUAUUUGGGGUUUUGGAGAGAACAAACCAAACAUGUCUUUAAGUCCUUUUUUCCUUCACUUUUUCAAAAUCUAUUUGGACCAGGUUUUACUUUGAGCCCUGCAUCGACUUACUGAAUCGGUUUGAUAUGUCUUUUGUGACCUACUCUCCAAAUGUUUAAAUAAGCUGAAACAGUGCAACAGGCCUACAUACUGUACUGAAUCCAUAUAGCCCACUGUUUUGUCUGUUGGCACAGCAGCAAUUUAUUUGCACAUUAUCCAGAUCUCAUCUAAAAUCUCAUUCAAUUCUUAACUCACGCUCUAUAAUUUAUGUUGAGUAAAUGGGGUUAUUGUAUUUGCAUAGAACAGUAUAUGGUGUCUAUAAAUGACUUGAUAUAGUUAUUAAUAACCUUCUCCAAAUGGCUUUUAAAAACAUAUUAAACCAGACCCUCCGAACAUGCAGGGCUUACGCUGCAUCCUUAUUCUUCGUCAAAUUAAACCAUUGUCUCUUUUCCCUUCCUUGGUUUGGUGUCUCUUUACUCUACCUCUCACCCUCCUCAUCCACCUCCCCCUCUUUUCUCCCUGACAUCCUUCCCCUGGCCGCCCCUGCUCUCUCUCGUCCCCUCCUGGUCCGUGCUGCGUGAUAUCAGGUAGGCGUCGGGGAGGUAGUUAAAGCGGCCAAUGGGGAUCACCUGCCGGCUGACCUCGUCAUUCUGUCGUCCAGGGACUGCAAAUCACCUCAGAGAUCAAGGACAUUGACAACCUGAUGCGUCUCUCCGAGCGCAUGGAGUGCGAGAGCCCCAACCGCCAUCUGUACGAGUUUGUGGGGAACAUCCAUCUGGACGGACACAGCACUGCGUCUCUGGGUCCAGACCAGAUUCUGCUGCGAGGUGCCCAGUUGAGGAACACCCAGUGGGUCCAUGGCGCCGUGGUCUACACCGGACACGACACCAAGCUCAUGCAGAACUCCACACGGCCUCCACUGAAGCUGUCUAAUGUGGAGCGCAUCACAAACUUCCAGAUUCUAUUGCUGUUCGGCUGUCUACUGGCCAUUUCUCUGGUGUGCUCCAUCGGACAAACCAUCUGGAAGUACCAGUACGGCAAUGCAGCUUGGUACAUGGAUUUGAACUGUAAGAGCACCAACGCCAGAUAUAUUCCACAUAGCCCACAUAUUGUGUCUCACUUGUCUGCCACGUCUGCUUAGUUCUCUGUUGUUUUUGAGUUACUUUUUGUUCAUGUCUGUGUGUUGUUGUCUUUUAUUUUUAUGUUGCUUCUGGCAAAGUAUGUAUUUGCAAUACAAGUGAAAUACGUGGCAAUGGGGAAUAACGGAAUUCCCAUGUAAAUGUAAAAGUGAUUGUGACAUGCAUAGACGUGCGAUGUGAAUGAAAGACAUGGUUGAAUAUCAAUCACUGUGCUGCUGUAUGUUUUGGAUCAGUUCUAAUGUUCUGUUCGGUUCUUUGUUUUUCUUUGUUGUCGUUUUUUAACAGCUCCAGGUAACAACCAUUUUAAAAGCCCUGGCCAUCCGUGAAUGACCCUUCCAUACUAACCCACUAACUGAAGCUCUGCCUUUGCUAAGAAAAUGAAGCACCCUCUAUAUGGUUGCCCUACUUUGUAAAGGCCCCUUUGCCAUGGACAGCACAGACCAGGGAUCUGAUGAUAGGUUUUCCCAUCCAGCUCUUACACUUUUCUCUUUAGUUCCUUUUGUUGCCUGAUCCACAAAGUGUUUCUCCCUUUUCUCCUCAUUUAUUGUGUGACACAUUAAACUCUUUGCAAAUCUAGGCCUCAGAUCCAGACCCCCUUUAAAAAAAUAAAAACCCUUUUCACUGCAAA